AUGGAAGGCACCACCACAACUCCCUCACCGGCCAAGUCUUUGCGGCUCGAUCUGACCAAGCCGCGCUACGACCAGUCGACCUUCUAUGGCCGGUGGCGACACUUCCUCGACGUCACGGAUCCCCGGACGCUGCUGGUGAGUGAGGAUGAGCUGAGCCGGGCUCUCACCAUGAUCCAGGACUAUCGGUCCGGCCGGCGCGACUUUAUGGAAGAAGACCUGUGGCGAGCCAAAAAGAUUAAGGACGCCAUCGUGCACGGCGACACGGGCGAGAAGAUCUUUGCGCCGUUCCGCUUGUCCGCGUUCGUGCCCAUGAACAUCGUCAUCUGUGCCGCCAUGCUCAUGCCCAACCCCUCCAUGGCGAGCCAGCUGUUCUGGCAGUGGUUCAACCAGUCCUACAACGUGGGGGUCAACCAUGCCAACCGCAACGCGUCCAACCAGAUGUCCAACAGCCAGAUCAUGCUGGCCUACGGCGGUGCGGUGGCGGUCUCUUGCUCGCUUGCCGCGGGGUUGAGCCAACUGGUCAAGAAGGCCCCGUCGCUCUCUCCGGCCCUCCGAGCCACUCUCUCGAGAUUUGUGCCGUUUACGGCGGUGGCAACGGCCGGUGUGGUCAACGUGUUCCUCAUGCGAAAGAACGAGAUGACAGAGGGCAUCGCGGUACAGGACAAGGACGGGAACGUGGUGGGCAAGUCGCAGAGGGCGGGCCUGUUUGCCCUGACCCAGACCUCCAUCAGCAGGCACGCGCGCCUCCAGACCCCCUCCCUCCCGUGCCUGACCACGGCGAUGGUGAUGGCCGUUCCUCCGAUCAUCAUGGCCGGGGCGGAGAAGACCCUGCUCAAACGCUACCCUAAGCUGCACUGGCCUGUCAACCUCGGUGUGAUAACCGGAAUGCUCUUUGCCGCUCUUCCCAUUGCGAUCGCAGUCUUCCCUCAGAAUUGCUCCGUCUCCGCCAAGCUGUUGGAGCCGCAGUUCCACAACCUCAAGGACGCCAAGGGCAACCCCAUCGACACGCUCUCCUACAACAAAGGGCUCUAG